AUGUGGCUGUUGCUCCUUCUUUUCUUUAUUACUGAGGUUGUCUGUGUAGAUAGAAGUAAUUUUAAGACAUGUGCGGACAGUUCAUUUUGCACGCGUCAGAGAAGUCACUGGCCAGCGGAACCAGAAUACUAUGUUGACGCGGAAACCGUGCACAUUACUGGUGAUUUUGUGCAUCUUCAGAUUUUUAGCUCCCUGUCGCAAAAGCGCCUUAACGCUACCCUUACGUACCACAAAUUAUCAACGUUUCGCCUUGUUUUGGAUGACGCAGCUCCUAUCCGGCCCCGUUUUCGGCCUAGAAUAGGCGAUUCGCUGUUCACAGAGCCAGACACCCUCUCGAUGAAAACUUCUAUAACAAAAGCAGGGAUGUCCGUUACCGGCUAUCAUCAAGAAGAGGUCGUCAUCACGUUUAAUCCGUUCAAAGCCAUGUUUCUUCGACGCGGUAAUCUUGAACUGACCCUAAAUGACCGGGACCUUUUUUACUUUGAACAUCAUCUGGAAAAGCAGUUUGUUGAACCAAUUUCUCAGCCACAAAAUCAAUCUUUAUCUGAGGGGGAGUCCGAAAACACUGAGAACCAAGAUACGCCUGAACAGCAGGCUACAGAGCCAGUCCCUGUGGACUGGUCAGAGUCUUUCAAAGGACAGCGUGACUCUCGGCCCCACGGCCCUGCUUCGGUUGGAAUUGAUUGCACUUUUCACGGAUUCGAACAUGUGUACGGCAUACCUGAGCACGCCGAUAGCUUUGCUCUACGAAACACCAAUCAAACAGACCCGUACCGCCUUUACAACCUUGAUGUGUUUGAGUAUGAAUUAAAUAACCCAAUGGCUUUGUAUGGGUCUGUUCCCCUAAUGUGGGCACACAAAGUGAACAGCACUGUCGGGUUGUUUAUUAAUAAUCCAUCAGAAGCCUGGAUAGACGUGGAAUCAAGUAGGCAAGUAGAGUCCGGUGGCAUAUUGUCCAAACUUCCGAAUCUCUUCUCAAAAUCUUCGAAUUCCAAUCCCACUGUUAAGACACGUUGGAUUUUUGAGACGGGGGUUCUGGAUAUGUUUGUCAUACUUGCCGAGAAUCCUCACGAUGGACUGAAGGCGUAUGCGUCGUUAACUGGCACAACCCCACUGCCUCCGCUAUUCGCUCUCGCGCACCAUCAAUGUCGCUGGAAUUACAAAGAUCAAGCCGAAGUGAAAGCGGUCAACGACGGUUAUAAUAAGCAUAACCUCCCAAUGGAUGUCGUGUGGCUAGACAUAGAGUACGCGGACGACAAGCGUUAUCUCACAUGGUCCCCAGGGAAAUUCCCCACUCCCAAUGAAAUGGUCGACGAUUUGGCCGCCAGCGGGCGCAAACUGGUUGUCAUUGUUGAUCCUCACAUUAAAGCAGACCAUUCUUGGUCAACGUGUUCUAAAAGUAAAUCAGAGGGCUACCUCGUGAAGAAGGAGGACGGACAAAGUGAUUUUGAUGGUUGGUGCUGGCCGGGAUCUAGCUACUGGCCUGACUUCUACCGUCCUGAAGUUGUCAACUGGUGGGCAGACCUCCUCACCGAUGACGUUUUCUUAAACAAAGACAAGAUGUUUUACUCGUGGAACGACAUGAACGAGCCUUCCGUCUUCAGUGGACCAGAAGUUACCAUCCCUAAGGAUACAAUUUUCGGUGGAGUCUGGGAAAAUCGGGACAUUCACAAUCUGUACGGCCUGUGGGUGCACAAUGCCACUACCGAGGGACUUUUGAGGCGUUCCAAUUACCGAGAGCGCCCAUUUGUUCUCUCCCGCGCCUUCUUUGCGGGUUCCCAACGUUUUGGUGCUGUGUGGACCGGUGACAACAAGGCGUCUUGGGGUCAUUUAGAGAUAACCACGCCGAUGUUGCUGAGCCUGUCUAUGACCGGUCUGACGUUCUGCGGCUCCGAUGUUGGCGGGUUCUUCGGUCACCCCUCGGGCGAGUUGUACACCCGGUGGUACCAGGCCGCCGCCUUCCAUCCGUUCUUGCGCUCCCACGCCCACAUCGACACCCCGAAGCGCGAGCCCUGGACCUUCGAUCAGCAGUACCACGUUGCCGUCCGCGACGCCCUGCGACUUCGGUAUUCCCUCCUACCCUACUGGUAUACCCUCUUCGCUCGCAGCGAACACGACAACCGACCUCCGAUGGCCCCGUUGUUCUUUGAAUUCCCCAACGACGCCAACACCUUUGCCAUCGACAAUCAAUUCAUGGUCGGCGAGGCUCUCUUGGUGCACCCGGUGGUACACGAGGGUGCCACUAGUGUGGACGUCUACCUGCCAAAGGGCACGUGGUUCCUCCACGGCGAUUGGAAAGUUUUCUCAGGCGAACAGGUUGUCAACUUUCCGGUUGAUCUGGGAACCAUACCGUUGUUCUAUCGCGGUGGCCACAUCAUCCCCAAGAAAGCGCGUCCACGUCGUUCCUCCAGCAUGAUGCUCAACGACCCCUACACCAUCGUCGUGUCGCUCGACGCGCCGACCGAUGGCGGCAGCAGCAGCAGCGCCACAGGCUUCCUCUACCGCGACGACUUCCACUCCAUGGAUCGCGCCGGCGCCCACUUCCACCGAAUCGACUGGCGUGAGGGCGUGCUUGAGUUCACCCGUCUUCCCCUCCCGGGCCACCACCAACACGACCACACCGCGCGCGAUGACGCAGCCCCGUUCAUUGAACGCAUUGUCUUUCUGGGCGUCUCGGGUGCGAGCCCCAGGCGUGCGUACGUGACCACCGCGAACGUCGCCGACUCGAUGCGUCCCGUGGAGUUCUUUUUCUCACCAGCUGGCGGUAAGGGCGAGAACGGGAGUCGUUCAGGGCUUCUAGUCAUUCGGAAGCCCGAGGUUCGGGCCACCGACGGUUGGAAACUGCAUGUUGAAGUGUAG